AUGUUCCUGUGUGUGCGCUACUCGGUGAACGGACAGGGGUGGGAAAGGAGGAGGAGCAGGAUCGGGAUAGCGGUGGAGGUGGAGGUGGAGGUGAAGAUGGAAGGCGAUGUGGUGGUGCUGGUGGUGCUGGUGGUGCUGGUGGUGCUGGUGGUGAUGGUGUCCUCUGCUGCUUCUGCUGCUGCUUCUGCUCUUGCUGCUGCUUCUGUUGCUUCUGUUGCUGCUGCGGCUAAGAAGAAGAAGAAGAAGAAGAAGAAGAAGAAGAAGAAGAAGAAGAAGAAGAAGAAGGAGAAGAAGAAGACAGCGACGACAAUAACGACGAUAUCGGCGGCGAUGGCCUUGGAGAUAAUAAGAUAG